AUGGGUGCUCUGAUAAAAGCUGAUACCCAGAACGGCUGGCGAAAAUUUUAUUGGAUUCAAGUAGGUCUCUGGGGACCCACUGCCAUUAGGCUCUUCGUUGGCUACAGACCACUAAGAGACACACGCGACUCGAUCACCUCUCAUUCUAGCAAAAGCUACGCCACCUGGAUCUUGCUGGGGCUGCACUUCUUACAGCUGGUUUAA